GUUUUGCUUUUAAUGAACUUUUCAAACUAACAAGACCAACAGCCACGUUCGCACACCAUGGCGGAACCCACCGCACCGGAACCAGGAGCUGUCGACCACGUCGCCACUGACGCCGCCGUAGAUAUGGCUGUCGAGAGUUCUGAACAAGCCGUCGUUUACUCAGCAUCGAAUGGUGAGCCCAACCAGAAGCGGAGUAGAGAGAACCACGAUGACGAAGUAGACGGUGUUUCGAAGAAGCAGAAGGUGGAGCCGGAAGAGAAAAGGGAACAUUUGAACGGUGAGGAUGAAGAAGAGAAGGAACCCUCUGUUCCCGUGAAAUUGGGUUAUAUAAGUUUCGCCUCUUCCGUGGAAAUGUUCGAUUACUUCAACAAUCUCCUUCAUACUUGGCCCCCUUAUCUCAAUCUUAACCAGUAUGAACAUACAAUGUUACUGGAAUUGCUCAAGAACGGCCAUACAGAGCCUGACGAAAAGAUUGGUGGGCGAAUCCGAGUUUUCCAGGUCCGCAACCAUUCUAGGUGGAAAAGUAGGUGCUUCUUCCUCAUAAGGGAUGAUGAAUCUGUUGAUGAUUUUAGCUUCCGCAAAUGUGUAGAUCAUAUUCUUCCUUUGCCAGUAGAGAUGCAAGUGAAACCUGAUGCAAACAGGGCAUUAGGAGGAGGAGCAAAAAUUCACAGAGGAAAGAGUGGUGGGCGUGGCCAUGGGAAAAAGGGUGGAUCGAAACAUUGAGUGCAAUGUGAAUGCUGCUGGUCUUUGUUGUAUUUUAGGAUCUAAUUAUUUCAUGAUUCCUAUAGUAACUUUAUACUUCAGAAUUCAUAUAAAUUACCAGCUUAUUUAAUGUUUCCUAGUUAUAUUUUGCAUAAUGCAAAAUUAAGCUAACAAUGCAAGUCCUACGUAUAUUCUUAGGUCAUUUAUAUUUGCAGUAAAAGUGAAAGGAAAAGACAAGGAAAGAAGGAAAUAAAAGGAAAAUCCUUGUCCAUUAGGGACUAAAAUAUUUGUCCCUUGAUAUUCUAAA